ACCGCACACACACUCUGCCAACAUGACCUCGCUACCUGCUUCGUCUGGAACCCAAGCGGUCGCAUCAGACCCGGCCACUGUCGAACAGCUCCAGACGGCCUUCGAUAACUCGAUCUGGUACCUUCUCUCCCUCUGGCAACCCCUCCAUAUCGCCGUGCAGAAUGCAUGGGGCGGACCCGACUCAGCAGACAAGCGCGACUGGUUCGCAGGAGCUGUCUCUGACCUCCUGACUACUCGUCCCGAGACCGACCAAGAGGAUUUGGAGCUCUUCCUCCUUCAAAUCAUGGGCGAUGAGUUUGAGUGCAAUGUCGAAGACGAGAGUGAGGUUGUAGUCGCCGGGGACAUUCUCAAGGUGCGGAGUCGCAUGAUGGAGACAAGGAGUUUGCAGGCUGCAGUAGAGGUUGAACAGAGGUGGAAGAGUCGGGGAAACAUGAAGACGGACAAGGUCGUCGUACAAGAGGUGAACCAGGAUGCAGAUGAAGAGGAAUUCGAAGGGUUUGACGACGAUGAAGAUAUGGACGAAGCACCGUCUCUGGUCAGCGCGCCAAAGGUGCCAAAGGAGAAGCCUAUUCCUGAAGUUGACGAUGAUGGCUUCACCAAAGUAUCUGGCAAAAAGAGGACGGGUUGAGGAAUGGCAAGAGUUGGCGUGGACCAACUAGAAAGAGUGUUUUUUCUGUGGGCUGCAGCAUGAGGAUACUGCAUUUCUGGACAUCGGACGAUGUAGACGUCGCAGAAUUCUGGCUCUGCACGGCAAGCGUGCUUCUAAGCGGCUCGUACUGAACUAGUGCGACUGUCUGAGUUCUCCAUUACCUGCACUCGGCACGGGGGACUAUCAGAACCUUGGACCGAGGCAUGUCCAAGGUGAACAGCCAGCGACACGAAGUUGUCCAGGACAGAGGGGCGAAGAAGGCCGUGUAUGCAGCGAGAACAACCCCGCGGAGCAGAAAGUGACCUUGAACACGCUGCCACCUAUCUUAUCAUGCCAUGGUCCUGGAAGUUGUUUCAGGAUUGAAUGAGUAUGCAACCGAGCUCAGAUAUUGCAAGCAGUAUUGUCUGACAUCCAGGGCGAGCAUUUGAAAUAAAUUCGGCUGGAGAGCACUGCGCUUUGCUGUCGCCAGGCAC